AGGUAAUCAGGUACCCAGAGGCUUCAGCAUUGAUGUCUUCCCUUCUCAAUGGCAUUCCUGGUGUCCACCUCAGGAGUCUCCUUGGCCAGCCUUGAAACACUUGGAAAUUAAACAGAGAAUCCACUGCAUAUAUUCUUCUUGAAAAUUUCCAUCAUAUAUGUCCAGCACUUUCUGAAUAAGCAUAAGGAUUUGAAGGUGCUAACAGAGCGGGGAACAAGCCAAAAGGACAGCAGUAGGUGCGCAGAGGCCAUGGAAUAUCCACCCACCAGAUAAUCAUCCCUGGAAGAACUGGAAGUGUCUGAAUGUAGGCUGCAGAAGUCCUGAAGGUUGAUGGAGGGCCAUGCUAUUCAAACAGCAGGCGUGGCUGAGACAGAAGCUCCUGGUGCUGGGAAGCCUUGCUGUUGGGAGUCUCCUGUAUCUAGUCGCCAGAGUUGGGAGCUUGGAUAGGCUGCAACCCAUUUGCCCCAUCGAAGGCCGAUUCGGAGCCCGUGGUCAGGCUGAGUUCCCCCUGCGCGCCCUGCAGUUUAAGCGCGGCCUGCUGCACGAGUUCCGGAAGGGCAACGCUUCCAAGGAGCAGGUGCACCUUCAUGACCUGGUCCAGCAGCUCCCCAAGGCCAUUAUCAUCGGGGUGAGGAAAGGAGGCACCAGGGCCCUGCUUGAGAUGCUGAACCUCCAUCCAGCAGUGGUCAAAGCCUCUCAAGAAAUCCACUUUUUUGACAAUGAUGAGAAUUAUGCCAAGGGUAUUGAGUGGUAUAGGAAAAAGAUGCCUUUUUCCUACCCUCAGCAAAUCACAAUUGAAAAGAGCCCAGCAUAUUUUAUCACGGAGGAGGUUCCGGAAAGGAUUUACAGAAUGAACUCAUCCAUCAAGUUGUUGAUCAUUGUCAGGGAGCCAACCACAAGAGCUAUUUCUGAUUACACUCAGGUGCUAGAGGGGAAGGAGAGGAAGAAUAAAACAUAUUACAAGUUUGAGAAGCUGGCCAUAGACCCUAAUACCUGCGAAGUGAACACGAAAUACAAGGCAGUAAGAACCAGCAUCUACACCAAACAUCUGGAAAGGUGGUUGAAGUACUUUCCAAUUGAGCAAUUUCACAUCGUCGAUGGAGAUCGACUCAUCACGGAACCCCUGCCAGAACUUCAGCUCGUGGAGAAGUUCCUAAAUCUUCCCCCGAGAAUAAGUCAAUACAAUUUGUAUUUCAAUGCUACCAGAGGGUUUUACUGCUUGCGAUUUAACAUUAUCUUUAAUAAGUGCCUGGCGGGCAGCAAGGGGCGUAUUCAUCCGGAGGUGGACCCCUCUGUCAUUACCAAAUUGCGCAAAUUCUUUCACCCUUUCAAUCAAAAAUUUUACCAGAUCACUGGGAGGACAUUGAACUGGCCCUAAAAUAAUGUCACACAACACUGUGUGUUGUGCCUGGAGACACACAUGUCUCUUCUAGAUUAAAAUAUGCACUUUUCCUAGACACAACUGUCCAAGUCAUUUUUCCAUGUAUACUUGUACAUACGCAGUGUGUUACCAAAUAUAAGAUCAGCUCUUUUCCUACUGAAAAUUUACAAAGAAACAGUGUGCUGUCUACAUAGUUGCAUCUUUUACAUUAUUUACAAAAAGAGGUGGUGGUACUGGGGGAGAGUGACUUCAGCUAUUCUCAAAGAGUCAGUCUUCCUUUGAGUCAGAAUUUGUCGCCUGCCAUUUUCAUAGAUUUAAGCCAAAAGAUUAACUUGUGAAAAUGUACCAAUGGCUGUGAAGUUUCAGGAAGUAGAGGAUUGAGUUAUGCAUUCUUUUCUAAGGGAAAGCUGACUCUUUAAUUCAGAUGCUGAAUUGAUGCCAUGAAAACAGAAAAUACUAUUUUCUUAUUAUUUAAAAGAAUGUCUUAUCUCAUAAAAUUGACAUCGUUCCAAAGUUCCUGUGGUGAUUUUGCACUAUUGUUUUCUCGUAUGGACCAUGGUGUCACUUGUAGCAUGUCAAUCACACAUGGGAAAGUCGAGUCCUUUUACUUCCAUGUUCUGUGUCAACAAAGAGAAAUGUCAUGUACAUAAUGUAUAUAGUUGUAAAUACUGGUUUCACACUAAGUAAUUCUAUUUUGUAAACUGAAUAUGGCUAUUUAAUUUAUUGUGAAAAUUAAAUUUAUUGUGGUAUUUAAAAAAUGGAAUGGAUUAAAAUUACUCUAUGUGCAA